AUGGCCUCGGGAGCGCGAGACGUGCAGAACCACGUCCUGUUCGAGGUUGCGACCGAAGUCGCAAACAGAGUCGGCGGCAUCUACUCGGUCCUCAAGUCAAAGGCCCAGGUCACCACAGCAGAGUAUGGCGCUGCUUACACUCUGCUCGGUCCCUGGAAUAGGGCUUCGGCUGCCGUCGAAGUAGAACCAAUUGUUCCCAAAGACCCUGCUCUGCUGGCUACAAUCAAGUCCAUGGACGAGCGGGGCAUUAAGACGCUAUACGGACGAUGGCUGAUUGACGGUGCCCCGCGCGUGCUUCUCUUUGACACUGGCACUGGCUACAGGUGGCUCGACGAGUGGAAGGGCGACCUCUGGUCUUCUACAGGCAUUCCUUCGCCUCCUGGCGAUUCCGAGACCAACGAGGCCAUUGUCUUUGGCUACCUCAUUGCUUGGUUUUUGGGUGAGUAUGUCUAUCAUGAGAAGCAGCGAGCCGUCAUUGUCCAGUUCCACGAGUGGCUGGCAGGUGUUGCAGUGCCCCUUUGCAAGAAGCGCCGCAUCGACGUGACUACCAUUUUCACAACCCACGCCACACUUCUCGGUCGCUACCUUUGCGCUGGUUCAGUCGACUUUUACAACAAUCUGCAAUACUUUGACGUGGAUGCCGAAGCAGGAAAGCGGGGUAUCUACCAUCGUUACUGUAUUGAGCGGGCUGCCACGCACGCUGCCGACGUCUUCACAACCGUGUCCCACAUCACUGCCUAUGAGAGCGAGCAUCUCUUGAAGCGCAAGCCAGAUGGUGUACUGCCAAACGGUCUCAAUGUCAAGAAGUUUUCUGCGACGCACGAGUUCCAGAACUUGCACCAACAGGCAAAGGUCAAGAUUAACGACUUUGUGCGCGGACAUUUCUACGGUCACAAUGACUUUGAUCCCGAAAACACGCUCUACUUCUUCACAGCCGGUCGCUACGAGUACCGGAAUAAGGGUGUAGACAUGUUUAUCGAAUCACUGGCACGACUCAACCACAGGAUGAAGAGCGAGAACUCCAACAUGACGGUUGUUGCUUUUAUCAUUCUGCCCGCACAGACUACAUCUCUUUCGGUCGAUUCGCUCAAGGGACAGGCAGUCAUCAAGGCGCUCCACGACAGUGUGAACAACAUUGCCGAGAAUGUGGCCAAGAAACUGUUUGAGCGUUCCCUGACUUGGACAGAGGGUUCCGAACUCCCUGAAGACAAGGACUUGAUCACGCCUGCUGAUAAGAUUUUGCUCCGCCGAAGAUUGUUCGCCAUGAAGCGCCAUAACCUCCCACCUAUUGUCACCCACAACAUGGUCAACGAUGCCGAAGAUCCUGUGUUAAACCAACUGCGUCGCUGCCAGCUCUUCAACCACCCCUCGGACCGUGUCAAGGUUGUUUUCCACCCAGAAUUUUUGAACUCGGCCAACCCCGUACUGCCCAUGGACUACGACGACUUUGUGCGUGGAACCCAUCUUGGUGUAUUCUCAUCUUACUACGAGCCAUGGGGCUACACUCCGGCCGAGUGCACUGUCAUGGGUGUUCCAAGUAUCACAACAAAUCUGUCUGGUUUUGGUUGCUACAUGGAGGAGUUGAUUGAGAAUGCUCAAGACUACGGUAUCUACAUUGUAGACCGGAGAAUGAAGGGCGUAGACGACUCGGUCAACCAGCUUGUCGACUACAUGUUUGAAUUCACAAAGAAGAGCAAGCGCCAGCGCAUCAACCAGAGGAAUCGGACAGAACGUCUCAGUGACUUGCUCGACUGGAAGCGUAUGGGUUUGGAGUAUGUCAAGGCCCGACAACUGGCGCUCCGACGAGCAUAUCCUGCGGCAUACGAGGACGAUGAGGAGCCCGACUUUUUCAACUCGCAGGACGUCAAGAUUUCGCGGCCUCUGUCCGAGCCUGGAUCGCCCCGUGAGCGUUCGGGUAUGAUGACGCCUGGUGACUUUGCCUCGCUGCAAGAAGGUCGUGAGGGACUGAGCACCGAGGACUACAUUGCGUGGAAACUUCCUGAAGAGGAAGAGGCCGACGACUUUACCUUUCCGCUUACCCUCAAGACCAAGAGCAAGCCCAACUCUGGCGCAACCACACCUACCCUGCCAACUGCGGUAAAUGGAACUGACUAA